CAGUGGUAUCAUCAAUUGUCAAGAGUGGUUCUAAGACAGGAUACACAACAUUUUUAGUUAUUGGUCCAGAAUUUCUCAAGAAUGACAUUCGCAUUAAACCUGAUUUUGAUGCUCUUGGAGUUUUGGAUGAUACUGGGUGGUACUGCACCAGGGCAAUCUUAUGGGCUAAUGAAUAUGAACUGCCUAAAACAGCAACGACUUUGCCUUUGCCUGAAUCCAAUGAAGCAUGUGUGAUUCUAUCUUGCGGUGCUUUAUUACGCUGGACAGAUGGGAAAACAACAACCUUCUAUUGCUCUUUCCUAACUAAUUUGACCAUGGACAUAACAGCUCUUGGAACAAAUGGAUAUCUGCGUGUGCAUGACUUUGUUAUUCCUUUUCAAGAGAAAGGUGCACCAUUUUAUGAAGCCUCAAACUCGAGGUUUGCAAAACUCUCUAUAGGGAUUGAACUUGUACCAAGUGAGCACGCGAUCGAUACAAAUCUUCCUCUGGAAGCCCUCAUGGUACGGGAGUUUGCUAUUUUGGUUGCUGGUAUUAACAAAAAAGGUGUGUCGCCUAAGAAGAAUUGGCCUACCAUUAGUAGAAAGACACAACUGGCGAUGGAUGGUGUCAUGGCAUCAAGUGAGAAGGGUUUUGAGCCUGUUGAAGUGGUGUCUUGA